GGCAAUCUUGCUGCCUACGUGGGAGAGAAGGGGGGGUUGGGGGAAGUGUAGAAACCUGAACCUGAGCCGCUGCCGCCAGAGGAAGAUUUGGUGGGCGGAGAAGUAAAAGGGGGAAAAGCGGGUUGUGGGUGAGGUGAAGAGGGCAUAUAGGUCGCUGCUCCCGGUGGGGCACAAAGUUCACCGCGAUGUGGCUAAAGCCUGAGGAAGUGCUCCUGAAAAAUGCGCUGAAGCUGUGGCUGAUGGAAAGGUCCAACGACUACUUCGUGCUGCAACGGCGUCGAGGCUACGGGGAAGAAGGUGGAGGAGGUCUCACAGGGCUUCUGGUUGGGACUCUUGAUUCAGUCUUGGACUCUACUGCUAAAGUAGCUCCAUUUCGCAUCUUACACCAGACACCAGAUUCUCAAGUUUACUUGUCAAUUGCAUGUGGAGCCAACAGAGAAGAAAUAACCCAGCAUUGGGAUUGGUUGGAACAAAAUAUCAUGAAGACCUUAUCUGUGUUUGAUUCAAAUGAAGAUAUUACUAAUUUUGUACAAGGAAAGAUACGAGGAUUAAUUGCUGAAGAGGGAAAACAUUCUUUUGCAAAAGAAGAUGAUCCUGAGAAAUUUCGAGAAGCCCUUUUGAAGUUUGAAAAAUCUUUUGGUUUACCAGAACAGGAGAAAUUAGUGACCUAUUAUUCAUGUAGUUAUUGGAAAGGACGGGUUCCUUGUCAGGGUUGGCUCUAUCUUAGUACCAAUUUUCUGAGCUUCUAUUCUUUUUUGUUGGGAUCAGAAAUAAAACUCAUUAUCUCCUGGGAUGCAGUCUCAAAACUUGAAAAGACUUCAAAUGUUAUACUGACAGAGAGUAUUCAUGUAUGUUCUCAAGGGGAGAAUCACUACUUUUCAAUGUUUUUGCACAUUAACCAAACCUAUCUUCUUAUGGAACAACUGGCAAACUAUGCCAUAAAGAGACUUUUCGAUAAGGAAACAUUUGAUAAUGACCCAAUCCUUGAUGAUCCUCUACAAAUUACCAAAAGGGGUUUGGAAAACAGAGCCCACAGUGAGCAAUUUAAUGCCUUUUUCAGGCUGCCCAAAGAGGAGACUUUGAAAGAAGUACAUGAAUGUUUGUUAUGGGUACCAUUCAGCCACUUCAAUACUCAUGGAAAAAUGUGCAUCUCAGAAAAUUAUAUCUGCUUUGCUAGCCAGGAUGGCAAUCUAUGUAGCGUAAUCAUUCCUUUACGAGAGGUCUUAGCAAUAGAUAAGACAGAUGAUUCCAGUAAAUCUGUCAUCAUUAGCAUCAAAGGAAAAACAGCAUUUCGCUUCAAUGAAGUUAAAGACUUUGAGCAACUGGUGGCAAAACUCAGCCUCAAGUGUCGGGCAGCUUCAACUCAGUAUAUUAGCACAGAGGGUGCUAUUGGUUCUGACUCUACAGAACCAUCUGAUAAUUUUGAGAUGCGAUCUUCAACAUGUACAAAAGAAUGCAGUAAAACUGUGAACACCGAAGCCUUAAUGACAGUAUUUCACCCUCAAAAUUUGGAGACUCUUAAUUCUAAAAUGUUGAAAGAAAAGAUGAAGGAACAGUCAUGGAACAUCCUAUUUUCAGAAUGUGGGCGUGGUGUUAGCAUGUUUCGAACCAAAAAGACUCGAGAUCUGGUCGUAAGAGGGAUUCCAGAGGCUUUAAGAGGAGAGCUCUGGCUGCUUUUUUCAGGUGCUGUUAAUGACAUGGCUACUAAUCCUGGCUAUUAUGCUGAAGUGGUUAAACAGUCUUUAGGGACCUGCAACUUGGCUACUGAAGAAAUUGAACGUGACUUGCGUCGUUCCCUGCCUGAGCACCCAGCAUUUCAGAGUGACACUGGCAUAUCUGCUCUGAGGCGGGUACUUACUGCCUAUGCAUAUAGGAAUCCCAAAAUAGGGUACUGCCAGGCAAUGAACAUUUUAACUUCGGUGUUGCUUCUAUAUGCAAAAGAAGAAGAAGCUUUUUGGCUUCUGGUUGCUGUAUGUGAACGAAUGUUGCCUGAUUAUUUUAAUCGUCGAAUCAUUGGUGCCUUGGUGGAUCAGGCAGUCUUUGAAGAACUUAUCAGGGAUCAUCUUCCUCAACUCACAGAACACAUGACUGAUAUGACAUUCUUUUCCUCAGUUUCUCUCUCAUGGUUCCUCACACUUUUUAUUAGUGUGCUACCUAUUGAAAGUGCAGUGAAUGUGGUGGACUGUUUCUUCUAUGAUGGAAUAAAGGCCAUUCUACAAUUGGGAUUGGCAAUACUUGAUUAUAAUUUAGACAAGCUACUGGCAUGUAAAGAUGAUGCUGAAGCUGUGACAGCUUUAAACAGGUUCUUUGACAAUGUCACUAAUAAGGACAGCCCAUUGCCUUCAAAUGUUCAGCAGGGUUCAAAUGUGAGUGAUGAACAAAGCAGUCAUAUUAGAGUGGAUAUUACAGAUUUGAUAAAAGAGUCCAAUGAGAAAUAUGGUAAUAUUCGCUAUGAAGAUAUACACAGCAUGCGCUGUCGAAAUAGGUUAUAUGUGAUACAGACCCUAGAGGAAACAACAAAGCAGAAUGUGUUGCGUGUUGUAUCACAAGAUGUGAAAUUGAAACUUCACGAAUUGGAUGAACUUUAUGUCAUCUUUAAGAAGGAGCUGUUUUUAUCUUGUUACUGGUGUUUAAGUUGUCCAGGAUUGAAGCACCAUGACCCCAGCCUGUCAUAUUUGGAACAGUAUCAGAUUGACUGCCAGCAGUUCAGAGUGUUGUAUCACUUGUUGAGUCCGUGGGCUCAUUCUGCAAAUAGAGACUCACUAGCUUUGUGGACAUUCCGAUUGUUGGAUGAAAACUCUGAUUGCCUUAUAAACUUCAAAGAAUUCUCCUCUGUAAUUGACAUAAUGUACAAUGGAAGUUUUACCGAGAAGCUUAAACUGCUUUUUAAGCUGCAUAUUCCUCCAGCAUAUACUGAAGUGAAAUCUAAGGACUCUUCAAAAGGUGAUGAACUUUCCGUGGAAGAAUUACUUUAUUUCAGUCAGCUUCAUGUUUCCAAACCUGCAAAUGAGAAGGAAGCAGAAUCAGGAAAAAAUAGCCCUGAAAAAGGCAAAGGAAAAAUUGAUAUUCAAGCAUACCUAAGUCAGUGGCAAGAUGAACUUCUUAAAAAAGAAGAAAACAUUAAAGAUUUACCAAGAAUGAAUCAGUCACAAUUUAUUCAGUUUUCAAAGACCCUCUAUAAUUUAUUUCAUGAAGACCCUGAAGAAGAGUUAUUAUAUCAAGCCAUUGCUGUUGUAACCAAUCUUUUGCUCAGGAUGGAGGAAGUUGGAAGGAAGCUACAUAGCCCUACAUCACCAGCAAAAGAAUUCCCUGGUACAGUCUCUGCUUCUGGAGGACCCAUAAAGGGAGAAACUGAGAGCCACAUGGAGAAAGAUCCCUCCUCUCUUAGGGAAGAACCUCAGUGGUCAUUUGCAUUUGAACAGAUUCUUGCGUCUCUGUUGAAUGAACCAGCCUUGGUGAGGUUUUUUGAAAAACCCAUAGAUUUCAAAGCCAAACUAGAAAAUGCAAAAAUCUCUCAGUUAAGGUCUAGGACCAAAAUGUAAGUUUUUCAGCAUCAUAGUCAAGUUUACCAAGAUUCCUGUAGCUGUAUCCCUUAGCUAAAUUCCUGGGAGUUGAGAUCAGGGAUUUAUUGUUGUUACAAAUAUGCUUGAAAACAAAAAAGAGAAAGAUACUCAGAAGCACAAUAAUAUAUCCCUUUGU